AUGGCAGCCGCAUGGAAAGUCGCCGGUCUCUCCUACAACCGUUACAUCUCGGUCGCAUCGCGCGUCGUUCGCCGAUCCCUCAAGGAAGACAAGCGCAUCGCUGCUGAGCGCAGGGGUGUGAGCGAGCUCAGGUUCGCCAAGUGGGAGAACGGCAAGCAGGGCGAUAUCAAGGAGCUGAACGACGCUGCUCUUGCGGCUCAGGCUGCGGCCAAGGCUGAGGCUUCUGCUUAA